CCGAGCUUCUUAGGCUGCAGCAUCUUUUGGAUCCGUCACUGCCCAUCUUGCUGGCCUCGCGCGUUUCUUCUGCCUCCCAUCCAGACCCUUUCGAUCUUCCGGUUCAUCCGUCUUCCCCUCAGCCCCCUCCUGAACCCCUGUGACGUCCCGCCGUUCGUCCCACCGGAAGCCACUAUAAACAGCUCCUCCCCCCUAUUUUUUUUCGCCCAGCUGCCUAACUGUGCUUCACGAAUCGGUCUGCAUGUCCCUGGCAUUUUGAUCGAGUCGGCUCGAACUUGAAUAUGGCCUCCGUCACCUCGCUCGACAAGGACCUGCGCAAUCUGCGCCUGUCCCGCUAUACCCCGCAGGCAGCCGCGGAAGUCCGUACCUGGAUCGAAGAGGCGCUCCACGAAAAGCUGCCGCCAGGGGAUCUCCUUGACGCUUUGAAAGAUGGUGUUGCACUUUGCAAGCUUGUGAAUCUGGCCGUUUCCCCCGGUGUCAAGUACAAGCAGUCCUCGAUGCCCUUCGUGCAAAUGGAGAAUAUCUCCCACUUCCUCCGCGCGUGCCAAAUUCAGCCCAUCAGCCUUCUUCCUCAUGAUGUCUUCCUCACUGUCGAUCUCUACGAAGCCAAGGAUCCUGCACAGGUUCUGCAGUGUCUUACGUCUUUCAGCAGGCGUGCCAAUGCCCUUCAGCCUAGCAAGUUCCCUCGCGCACUAGGCCCCCAAAGCAAAGCAGCGAAUUUGAGCCCGAAUGCCACCGGCUCCAGCCAAGGCGCGUACACUCCCACCAAGUCGAGUGUGUCCGGACACUCGAGUCCAGCAAGGUCCCCCAAGCCCGUCAGCAGUUGGAGCAAAAGGUCAGAUGAGGUCGUCACGGCCCCGGCCUGGAACAUCCAUCAGUACGGCUACAUGGGUGGCGCCAAUCAGGGCAACCAGGGUGUCGCGUUUGGGGCUCGUCGGCAAAUUACCACUGCGGCCCCUCGGGUUCCUAGCUUGGCAGAGAAGGAAAAGCGGAGACAGGAGGAACAAGAAAGACAGCUCUUGGAAAAGCAGGAAACUGAGCGUCGUCUCCAACAAGAGCGUGAGGCGGAUGAAGAGCGUGCACGCAUAGAAGAGGAACGCCGAUGGGAAGAGGAAACGGCCCGUCAGAGGGAAAAAGAACGCCGCAACGUUGAGGAUGAGAGAAAACGCUGGGAGGCGCAACAACGCAAGUGGGAAGAGGAGGAACAGCAACGUGUGCGAGAAGAGAAGGAGACGGAAGAAAGGCUGGAACGUGAACGGCUACAGCGGCGAGAGGCGCACGACAGCCGCCUCAACGGGCAGUUCCUCAGCCAAUACCAAGCUAGUCUGCCGAGUCCUACCCAACCAGUAUCCAGCGAGACACGCGAAAGGCAACGGAUCCGAGAACUCGAACGUGAGCUGGAGCGGGCGAAGGAGAGAGAGCGUCAGUACGAGCGCGAACGUGAACAGGGCCCGGGAUCACCCCAGUCUCCUCGAAGCCCUCGCCCGGUUCCCGUGCCUCCCAAGCCAAGCUACGAUUUGUCUUCACUGGAGCAGGAACGCCGCAUGCUCCGCACCGAAUGGCAGAACCAUCGCAGUGAGGGACUGGCUGAGGAGCUGGAUGGCCCGCCGGCUAUGCCCCCGCGGCCCCUUCCAGAGCCAACCGAGGCGAAACCACCCAUGCCGCCUCGGCCUCUCCCUGAACCCACCGAAGUAAAGUCAUCUAUGUCACCACGUCCCCUCCCUGACCCCGUCGCCUACGCCGCUCAAUCCCAGGCACAAGAUAGCCGUGUCGAUCGCUUCCUCGCCUCGAACCGUCCCCCUACUGCAUCUAAGCCCGCCACCCACCGUCCACAGGACUACACAACAACGGCAGAGGUCGACGCCGAGAACAGCCGUCGCGCAGCCGCCCAGGAGAAGACCAAAGCCGGCGGCUGGGCCUCCAAGUCCCUUCUGGAGCGCGAGAUGGAGCGUGAACGAGAGCGCCAGCGGGAAUGGGAAGAAGACCAGAGACAGACCCAAGAGGCAGCUGCCAAAGUCGUUGGAGCACGCCGACAAAUCCUUGGCCCACGCCCGCCUCCGUAA